CUUUUUUAAAAGGUUUUUCUUAAUUAGAGUCCAACGUUCGAAUUUGAACUUGUGACAAUAGUACAUUAUCUUUUAUAGAGCAUAAUUUUUAAAAAUAAUAUAUUUCCUUGACCACAUGUAUAUAUCUCCAAAACAAUAGUAAAAAAAAGAGAGACGAAAAGAAAGAAAGAGAGAGAGCCCCACAAACAAACAAAAUGGAUUUGAACCAAAUCUUGAUCCUCUCAUUUCUCUCUCUUUUUACCUUAGCCAUAUUCUUGCUCACAAGAUCCAAACGGAAACUAAACCUUCCUCCGUCGCCGGCGAUCUCCUUGCCGGUGAUCGGACACCUCCAUCUCCUCAAGCCACCGCUUCACCGUACCUUCCUUUCCCUUUCCAAAUCCAUCGGAAAUGCUCCGGUCUUCCAUCUCCGACUCGGAAAUCGCCUCGUUUAUGUCAUCUCUUCACGUUCCAUCGCUGAAGAAUGUUUCACAAAGAACGAUGUCGUUCUCGCGAACCGCCCCAAGUUCACCAUAAGUAAGCACCUCGGCUACAACGCCACCUACUUACUCUCGGCAUCUUACGGCGAUCAUUGGAGGAACCUCCGCCGCAUAGCCGCCGUCGAGAUAUUCUCCACUCAUAGACUCAAUUCGUUUCUGUAUAUUCGUAAGGACGAGAUCCGACGGCUCAUUUCACAUCUCUCUCGUGAUUCCUUACACGGAUUUGUGGAGGUAGAGAUGAAAACAUUGUUAACCAAUUUGGCAUCCAACACCACCAUCAGAAUGUUGGCCGGGAAGAGAUAUUUCGGUGAGGACAACGAUGACGCUAAACUCGUGAAGAACCUUGUGUCGGAGGCGGUGACCAGCGCCGGUGCAGGAAACCCCAUUGAUUAUCUUUCCAUUUUACGUUGGGUCUCGAGUUAUGAAAAACGAAUCAAGAAUUUGGGAAAUAGGUUUGAUACGUUUUUGCAGAAAUUAGUCGACGAAAAACGUGCGGAGAAGGAAAAAGGUGAAACUAUGAUCGAUCACUUGCUUGCUCUCCAAGACAUUCAACCUGAUUACUAUACGGAUGUCAUCAUCAAAGGAAUCAUACUUACCCUGAUAAUUGCAGGGACAGAUACGUCAUCAGUAACACUAGAAUGGGCAAUGUCAAAUCUGUUGAACCAUCCAGAAAUACUUAAGAAAGCGAGAAUGGAAAUCGAUGAAAAAGUCGGUUUAGACCGAUUAGUAGACGAAUCGGACAUUGUAAAUCUCUCUUAUCUCCAAAGCAUUGUAUUGGAAACACUACGUAUGUACCCGGCAGUCCCACUACUACUACCUCAUUUGUCAUCAGAAGAUUGUAAAGUUGGAGGCUACGAUAUACCAAGUGGAACAAUGGUAUUGACCAACGCAUGGGCCAUGCAUAGAGAUCCAGAGGUAUGGGAAGAUCCUGAGAUAUUCAAACCAGAAAGAUUUGAAAAAGAAGGAGAGGCUGAGAAGCUAAUCUCAUUUGGGAUGGGACGAAGAGCUUGUCCUGGAGCCGGGCUAGCUCAUCGGCUAAUAAACCAGGCUCUUGGAAGUUUGGUUCAAUGUUUUGAGUGGGAAAGAGUUGGUGAGGAUUUUGUGGACAUGACCGAAGACAAAGGAGCCACAUUGCCCAAAGCUAUACCAUUAAGAGCCAUGUGCAAAGCACGUUCUAUUGUUGAUAAACUGAUAUAAAUGUUUUACGUUGAAAAAUGUAUUCUAUUUAAUGACAUGUUUUUAAUUAUGUGUUUUGGUCUUCAAUUCGUCCUUCAAUCUUUUGUUGUAUCUUUGAAUCUUGCUUAAUAUCAUCGGGUCAAUGAAGCUGGGCUUGCUCACCGGGUUAGUGGGCUGGCUCUUGCGUUGUUGGUCCAAUGUUUUAUUGAUUGAUAUAUUUUUUAAUGUGAUUGCAUUAUAGUUAGGUUAAA